GUCGACUUGGUCUGGGAUCAGAAGAUGACUUUGCUUCACCACAAAAGGUGGAGACCCCAGGGAAACACUUUAUCAAACAUGUGUAUGCUGGGAGUGAUGGAACAUUCCUCGUCACAACUAGUGGGCGUGUCUUAGCAUGUGGAAGUAACGAGUACAAUAAACUCGGCUUCAACUCGGAGACAUCAGGUCUCCGUAAACAGAAACCAAAGAUAUAUGACAUUCCGUGUCAGUACACAUUCAGCACUGUUAAACCCCUCCUGAGGUUCAACAUUGUCCUGGUAUCUCCUGGCCAUACACACUCCGCAGGUGUUGACUUGUAUGGUAAAGUAUACACGUUUGGUUCUAACAAGUAUGGCCAGCUAGGUGUUGGAGACUUUAAAAAGAAAUCGAGGAUCUGUCGUGUGGCCGGAGCACUGACUGGGAAGAGGGUGAUCAACGUGACCUGUGGCAGUUAUUUUACCGUGGCUGCCACCACUGAUAGCCAGGUAUACUCCUGGGGUAAUGGAGCUAAUGGUACACUGGGGGCAGAGUUCCUCGACCAAGGCAAGGGCCCUAACAGCCAGUCCAUCUCACUUCCUCGUACCAUCUUUGGGUCACUCCAUCUUGUGUCCAACCUGUCUGCACGUCACUGGCACACCAUCGCUAUAGCAGAAAAAGUGCUGAAUCAAAAGACUUUGAAGUCAAGAGUUUCAUCUCCAAAAUUGUUUGUACCCUCGCCUCCAGUAGUGGAAGAAGAUGUCAUAUUCACGGAAAGUGAUGGUAUGUCUAAGCCUCGUGUAUGUAUGAACUAUCAUGGAAAUGAAGAGAUGAAGGAUUCUGGGAAGCCAGAUUCUCCGGAGGUUUCUGAGCCAAAAUCGGACUGGAAUAUGCCUCCAAGGGCCACACCUUAUAUACCAUCGCCAGUGGGAGGGGCAGGAGCAUAUAGUUACCAGGAUUCAGGAAGGCCAUCUUCAGGGGGCAGUGAUCGGCCAGGGUCAGGGGGCAAGGCAGAGGAGUCUAACAUCCCCGACUGGUUACAGGCAGAGCUUGAGGAUGCGGACUUUAUACCGUUCCACCCUGAUGCUCUGCCAGUGUCCCCUCCUGUACAGUAUCCUGGUCAACCGGGAGGACCGCUGGUCUUCGCUGAUCAGGAGGAGUUAGAGGAAGCAGAGAAAUCCAUGAAAGAACAAAAACUAACAGACUCUAAAAAAGAAAAAGAAAGUUUGGAGAAGGAUGAACUGAUAGCAUUACUUAAACAGAAGUUGUCUGAAAUGGAGUUAGAAAAUAGUCAACUAAAAGAACAACUAACAUCUCAGGAGAAAAAGAUGAAGAGUUUGGAAAUACAGGUGGCCGGGCAAAAGAGUGACCAUUGAUCAACUUUUAUGGGCAGUCAGACUGGUGACCUUUGACCCACUUAUAUGGGCAAUCAGACUGAUGACCAUUGACCCAAUUUUAUGGCCAGACAAACUGAUGACCAUUGACCCACUUAUAUGGGCAGUCAGACCAGUGACCUUUGACCCACUUAUAUGGGCAGGCAGACUGAUGACCAUUGACCCAAUUUUCUGGCCAGAUAGACUGAUGACUAUUGACCCACUUUUGUGGCCAGACAGACCUUGACCAUUCACACACUUGUUUGCCAGAUAGGUGACCAUUUAUCCCUUUUUUCUGUGAUAGAAGAUUGACCCUUCACUACUACAUUAUUAUGGAGUUUUCUGUACUGAUACAGAAAGUAAGGAGACUAGACUUGUACAACUAGGCCUACAGUUUGGGACAUUCCUUAAAGUAGUUUUCUUAUGUAAACAUUGAAGAUAUAGUUUACAACAGUUACUGAGGGUGUACAGAUCUUCAACAUCUGCUUAUCUCGACCAAACUUUAUAAACAAGUUUUCAUUCAGACAAAAAAAAGGAAGAUAUUUAUCAAUUGAAAUUUGUUUAAGAAUUAAAAUUUGCAAAAUGUAGCUUAUUUGAUAAUUCAAAGAAUGAAACAGUUCUUAAUGAACUGAUGUUCUGAUAAAAUAUUCCUUAAGUAAGGUAGUCAAUAUAAUGAUCACUGAAGAGAAAACUUGUGUUGUUAGGUAUCCUGAUAGACUGUACCUCACUUAGUAGUUGUAGACUGUACACUAUGACAUUAUGGUUUUAUAGUGAUGAGGUGAUAUUAGGCCUCUAUCGGACAUUGAAGUCACACCAGCUAUGAUACCACCUAGGCUCUUUUUUAUAUAGUAAAUGUUUGUUUAAACAAUAGUGUUUUCUGAUUUUGGAAAGACAUGUUGCUUCCAACACAAUUGAGUGCAGACAAUACAUAAUGACCUUUGACCUAAAUUUAUAGUCCCUAUGAUGAUUUAUUAUACAUUUGGCUAUGAUAAUCAAAACAAAUUCUACAGAAUGAAUGUUUUGACCUUUGACCUAAAGUUUGGGCACUUCUUCUGAUUGACCCUCAAGGAUAUGUAGUGAAUUCCUCUGAUAAGGCCACAGCAUUGGUAGUUUCUGGCCACUACUGGUGAGAUGAGAACUCUUGAUAUGAUGUGGAGUCUUUGACUGUUUAUACCGAUCAUUAUACAACAAGGCUGACAGCUGUUCCGCUCUGUUACAAUUGCAUAAUGUUUUAGACUGUAUAUUGUAUGUCUCACAAGACAAUCACAAACAUGUUUACGUUAUAAAUGGUAUCAUGAAUGUUUUGUAUAAUAUGUAAAUCUCUGGUCUGUGAUAUGGACUUUCUGUACUCCGUCCUUUUAGAUAUAUUAAUUUUUAUUUAUUUAAAUUCAAUGCUGUUUGUUAGAUUCUUAUUUUUACACUUUGCAUUUUUGCAUAUACAUGUAUAACGUUGAAAUCUAUUUCCUUGAUUUCAACAUUUUUCUAGAUUUUUACAGACUGUGAUACAUUUCUUCGGUUGUUUGUUUCAGUGUGUUUGUACAUGUAUGUGUUAGUGAUCAAAUGUAGUUCUGAUGUCUUAUAAGAUUAGACUUUAGACAGCGAUUUCAACUGGUAAAGUGGACCUGUCUAAACCGAACUGUUCUACUGGUACCGUGAUGCCUCUACUGGUAAAGUGAAACCUGUCCUAACUGAACUGUUCUACUGGUACAGUGAAACCUGUCCAAAUGAACUGUUCUAAUGGUACAGUGAAACCUGUCUAAACUGAACUGUUCUAAUGGUACAGUGAAACCUGUCUAAACUGAACCGUUCUACUGGUACAGUGAAGCCUGUCCAAACUGAACUGUUCUACUGGUACAAUGAAACCUGUCCAAACUGAACUGUUCUAAUGGUAGAUUGAAUCCUGUCCAAACCGAACCAUUCUACUGGUGAGGUUUGUUUUCAUUGUGAAACAUGACUUUAUCACAUUGUUUAUCACAUUGUUUUUACAUAAAGGCAGCCAUGUUGUAUUUAAAUAUCAUGUCACGCCAACAUGUCUCUGGCUGAUCGCGAGGUAGUACUUAGGAUUACAGGUGUUUCAACACACCAUCAACAUGUAAAGUGAAACCUGUCUAAACUGAACCGUUCUACUGGUAAAGUGAAACCUGUCUAAACUGAACUGUUCUAAUGGUACAGUGAAACCUGUCUAAACUGAACCGUUCUACUGGUACAGUGAAGCCUGUCCAAACUGAACUGUUCUACUGGUAAAGUGAAACCUGUCUAAACUGAACUGUUCUAAUGGUACAGUGAAACCUGUCUAAACUGAACCGUUCUACUGGUACAGUGAAGCCUGUCCAAACUGAACUGUUCUACUGGUACAAUGAAACCUGUCCAAACUGAACUGUUCUAAUGGUAGAUUGAAUCCUGUCCAAACCGAACCAUUCUACUGGUGAGGUUUGUUUUCAUUGUGAAACAUGACUUUAUCACAUUGUUUAUCACAUUGUUUUUACAUAAAGGCAGCCAUGUUGUAUUUAAAUAUCAUGUCACGCCAACAUGUCUCUGGCUGAUCGCGAGGUAGUACUUAGGAUUACAGGUGUUUCAACACACCAUCAACAUAAACCAGUUCCUUGUAUACAAUAUGUUGUAUAUGCCCGACCUCUCGUUUUCUCAAUGGUGGUCAUGGGGAAUCAUUUGGGUUGUCCUCCUAUAUUCCACUGUAAGACUUCCAGUGUGUAUUCAUCUAUCCAGAAACUGUUAUAAAUAUAUGUUCCAUUCGUAACUGUUGUAAAAUCAAUUAGACAUUGAAGUCAUUAACAUUAUCAACAUUGGUAUCGUUGUACCCAACUAAAAUGUCAGAGUAUCAAAACUUCUUAAGGUUCAUAUAGAUAGCAUGUUUUGCCGAAAUUAACAUGUAGCCUAAAAAAUAAAAAUGUCAAAAGAAAGACCCAUGGAUAGCCAUGAUACAUAUUAGCAAUUGACCAAUUGACUUCUGUUUAAUUGCACCAGAAUGGUGAUUUAUAUGCUGGUAAAAUAUCACUGGAAUUGCUAUUAACAUGAACCUUAAACAGGGCUUCCACUGCCAUCAUGUAGCCAUUGUUUUAAAGUGUAAAUAUCAGCACAACAGCUCAAAACGUAUUAUAUGCAGCAUUUUUCUCGUUUGUCUUUAACAAUGAUAAACUUUUAUAUACCAUUUACCACAGUAACCAGCACAUGUUAUUACAUGUCUGUGAAAUUGUAAUGAAGCUUUCCGUGUAUGGUAAAAUACAUAGUUGGAUACCCACGGUUGAUUGCACUAUGCUACGCUAGUAAUUAUCGUAUAUUAUAAUGCAAUCAGCCGUGGGCAUAUCCGACGAUGGGUGAAGUACUACUUAACAUUAUUGCUUUUUCAUCUCCAAUUGCUGUUUUAUUAAAACUUGUGUAAUUGAUAAUUUAUUUAUUGAGACAAGUAAGUAAAUAAAUAAGUGUGAAACAAAUGGUAUAUAUUUUUUUUCGCCUGAAGAGCUUGCUCUGAAAGCAAGUGAAAGCGUUUUUGAUGUUUUUAUUAUUAUUAUAUGUACACCCAUCACAAGGACAUUGUUUACCUAUGAUUAUAUAUAAAGUUGGAAGAGCAUUGUUCUCGUUCAACCAGACUUUGACAUGCUCUUAUGACCCAGGAUGAAAUAUUUGUCAAUUAUAUUUGAUCUGCUGGUUGGACCACGGGUUAAAUAUGUCAUUCUGAGCCAUAGCUAGGACAACCAACCCCUACCCACACCCCACACCCAAUAUAUGUAAUUACUGGUCCCCGUGACUGUGACUACUGGUCCCCGUGACUGUGACUUCUGGUCCCCGUCACUGUGACUACUGGUCCCCGUCACUGUGACUACUGGUCCACUGUGACUACUGGUCCCCGUGACUGUGACUACUGGUCCCUGUGACUACUGGUUCCCGUGACUGUGACUACUGGUCCCCGUGACUGUGACUACUGGUCCCCGUGACUGUGACUACUGGUCCCCGUGACUGUGACUACUGGUCCCGUGACUGUGACUACUAGUCCCCAUGACUGUGACUACUGGUCCCCGUCACUGUGACUGCUGGUCCCUGUGACUACUGGUUCCCGUGACUGUGACUACUGCUCCCCGUCACUGUGACUACUGGUCCCCGUCACUGUGACUACUGGUCCCCGUCACUGUGACUACUGGUCACACUAACUACAGAUUGACGUGUUAGUCGUCUAGACAUCUUUGACAAUCAGCUGGUCGGGAAUGAAAUCUAAUAAAAUUGAUUCCUUA